AUGUCAGACGAUGAAUAUAACUUUGGCGAUUCAGCAGCAGAAGAUGAUGAAGAUAUCCUCGAUCUAGGCAAUGACUCGAGAGGAAAGAAGAGCGCCGCAGCCCCAGGCUACGCUUGGGAAGAACAGUACCAGCGGUCAUGGGAUGUCGUACAAGAAGACGCCGCGGGGAGUCUGGCAGGCGUCGUCGCAGGCAUUAUCGAAGCAGGGAAGCGGAAAAGACUUUUGAAAGACACAACCCCAAUACAACGCGGUAUCAUCCGUCACCUAAUCCUCGUCCUCGACUUCUCCUCCGCCAUGGCCGAGAAAGACCUCCGCCCAAACCGGCAAGAACUAACAAUAACCUACGCUUGCGACUUCAUCACCGAAUACUUCGAACAAAACCCUAUCUCGCAGCUCGGUAUCAUCGGAAUGCGGAAUGGAGUUGCAGUGAGGAUUAGUGAGGUUCAUGGGAAUCCGCAGGACCAUAUUGCUGCUUUGCAGGCGUUGAGGAAACAGGAGCCGAGUGGGGAUCCGUCAUUGCAGAAUGCACUGGAGAUGUGCAGGGCAUCGCUGCAGCAUGUCCCUACACACGGUACAAGGGAAGUGUUGAUAGUGUUUGGAGCGCUCCUGUCAUCAGACCCAGGAGAUAUCCACAAGACGAUUCGGAAUCUGGUACAGGAUAAGAUACGGGUACGAAUAGUUGGACUCGCCGCACAAGUCGCCGUCUGCGCCGAACUCUGUCGAGCGACAAACGGAGGCAGCAACAGCGCUUACGGUGUGAUCCUCAACGAACACCACUUCCGAGACCUCCUCUUUGAAGCAACCACCCCACCAACCCAAACAACCAAAAAAGCCGCCUCAACACUCAUCACAAUGGGCUUCCCCUCCCGAGCAAUAGAGUCAGUGCCGUCGCUGUGCGCGUGUCACUCCAUACCCCUACGAACAGGCUACUCCUGCCCCCGCUGCUCUUCAAAAGUCUGCUCUCUACCCAUGGAGUGCCCAACUUGUGGCCUAACCCUUGUUCUCUCAACACAUCUCGCACGAUCCUACCACCACCUCUUUCCCCUACGGAAUUGGGAUGAGGUACCAUGGGAUAAAGCGUCGAAAUCGACAAGUUGCUUCGCAUGUCUUGCGCCGUUUCUGACAACUCCAAUAACAAGUGGGAAGGAGAAGGGUCGGGGCUCGUCCGGGAGGUUUGCGUGUCCGCAGUGUGGGAACCAUUUUUGUGUUGAUUGUGAUGUAUUUGCUCAUGAACAUUUACAUAAUUGUCCGGGGUGUGAGAGUUCGAGUCCAGCGAGGAAGCAGAAGCUGCUGGCGGCAGAGCCCGAAAACGGCGCGACUACGAAUGGAGAUGCGAUGCAGAUUGAUUAGACAAUUCAGUCUGGAGGGUCCGAUAUUGAUAUAGAAGGUGGCCUGGGCAUCGGAAUGAACUUAGAUAUACGAUUAAGGGGGUGUGCGUUCGUGAACGGUUCAUCACGCUGAAGUGGAGAAUGACAUGUGUAAGAGCAAUUAUAGCAAUGAAUUCAAUACGGAGGUUUCGACCAUCAACGGGACUCGCCGUAGCUAAGAUACAGCUGGAUUGGUACCUCAAAACACCCAAAAA